UUUUUCAUCUCUCUCUCUCCCACGAGACUUUAUUUUUUUUCCCUCUUCUCUUCUCUUCUCUCUCUCUCGUUCAUUGUACCUUCCUCCAUUUUUUCUCCAUCUUUCCUCUCUAAUCUUUUUAUCUUCUUUUUCUUCUUCCCUCCUUUUAACGAUUCCGUGGAGUCUGGAAUAUGAUCUUGUGGAAAUCUCUCAGUUGUUUCUCGUUCGUCUUCGGGUUGUUGUUGUACAGUGCUAGUUUCGUUUGUGCUGGAGACAUAGUUCACCACGACGAUUCGCUUCCGCAGAGACCUGGUUGCAACAACAAUUUCGUUCUGGUUUGAUUUUUGAUCUAUUUCACUUUGAUCUGUCGUUCUUACUCUUUCUCUUAUCUCCUUGUCCCUCUUGUCUAUCUCUUGGUGACUUUCAGGAAUUUGGAAUUUAGUUUAGGCUUUGGAUUGUAAUACUAGGGUUUAGUGGAAUGAGUCUGUUGAUUGCUUUCUCACUGUCCUCCUCCUUCUAUAUCUGUUGUUGCCAGCAGAUUGAGAAAUUGGGUUUUUACAGACUCUAGAGGAACUUUUGGAUUCCAGAUUUGAUGUCAUUCAGAAUAGAGGGAGAGUAGGUGAAAGUCCCAACUCGAGUCAAUGGGUCGGAGUACACGGAGUAUGUUGGUGUUGGUGCUAGGUUUGGCCCAACCUUGGAAUCUAAGGAGAAACAUGCUACCCUCAUCAAACUUGCUAUUGCUGACCCUCCUGAUUGUUGCAGCACUCCCAAAAAUAAGGUAAAGUUUCCUUUUUGGCUUGUCUCUCUUGUACUCAUCUUUCCUUCUUGUGUAAUUCCAGUUUCAUUAUCUUUUGGUAGCUUACAGGAGAGGUCAUUCUUGUUCAUCGUGGUAAAUGCAGUUUUACCACCAAAACUAAGGUUGCUGAAGCAGCUGGUGCCUCUGCCAUCCUUAUCAUAAACAACAGUACAGAUCUUUUCAAGAUGGUCUGCGAGAAGGGUGAAAACGUUUUAGAUAUUACUAUUCCUGUUGUUAUGCUACCUGUUGAUGCUGGUAGAAGUCUGGAGAACAUAGUCAAAAGUAACGCUAUAGUUACUCUGCAGCUCUACUCGCCGAAACGUCCAGCAGUUGAUGUGGCUGAGGUCUUUCUUUGGCUUAUGGCUGUCGGUACCAUUUUAUGUGCUUCUUAUUGGUCUGCGUGGACCGUCAGGGAAGAAGCUAUUGAGCAAGACAAGCUGCUAAAGGACGGAUCAGAUGAACUUUUGCAGUUAUCAACCACCAGCUCUAGAGGUGUUGUUGAGGUCACCGUGAUAUCAGCAAUUUUGUUUGUAGUGGUGGCUUCUUGUUUCCUGAUCAUGCUCUACAAGCUUAUGUCAUUCUGGUUUAUAGAGGUGUUGGUGGUACUCUUUUGCAUAGGUGGCGUAGAGGGGCUGCAAACUUGUUUGGUCUCUCUACUCUCAUGUUUCAGAUGGUUCCGCCGCUUUGGAGAAUCAUAUGUCAAAGUUCCUUUCCUGGGUGCUGUCUCAUACUUGACUCUGGCUAUUUGUCCCUUUUGCAUAGCAUUUGCUGUAUUUUGGGCGGUUAAACGUCAAUACUCUUAUGCUUGGAUAGGGCAAGAUAUACUUGGAAUCUCACUGAUAAUCACGGUUCUUCAAAUUGUCCGCGUACCAAAUCUUAAGGUCGGGUUUGUUCUUCUCAGCUGUGCCUUCAUGUAUGACAUCUUCUGGGUUUUUGUUUCAAAAUGGUGGUUCCGUGAAAGCGUGAUGAUUGUGGUAGCCCGUGGUGACAGAAGCGGAGAGGACGGAAUUCCAAUGCUACUAAAGAUCCCACGAAUGUUUGAUCCUUGGGGUGGCUACAGCAUAAUUGGAUUUGGUGACAUUAUCUUACCAGGACUGCUUGUAACUUUCGCACUGAGGUACGACUGGCUGGCGAACAAGAGGCUAAAGUCAGGGUACUUCCUUGGGACAAUGUCUGCUUAUGGUCUAGGUCUUCUCAUAACAUACAUAGCUCUAAACUUGAUGGACGGACAUGGGCAACCGGCUCUGCUUUACAUCGUCCCAUUCAUACUAGGUACUUUGUUCGUGUUGGGUCACAAGAGAGGUGACUUGAAGACGCUGUGGACAACAGGGGAACCCGACAGGCCAUGCCCUCACGUUCGUCUUCAACCUCAAUCGUCUUAAAACAACCUGCUAUGUAUCAGAUGGGAACAGAUAAAAAUCAGAUGAUCCUCUAGUUUUUUUUUAUUGUUAAUACAACACACCCCUUCUUAGGUCAAUAUAUAUGUCUCUGUACGCUUUCACACAACUAGACAGGAGAGCCCAUACCACAUUUGCCUUAAAUAACUCUUUUAACCUCUCUUGCUAGUUUCUCUCUAUUAUUAGACAUGAAACCAUGAAUAGACUUGGCUUCUUUUCCUGAGUCAUGAUGAUCAGAUUUUCUUCUAUAACAUACAUAUGUCCAACUAGUAUUUUACAGAUUACUAAUGUAAAAGGGUCACAAGUUUUUUAGAGGAAUUAUAUAUAGUAGC